AACACGUAGUUGCUGUUUUAGUCAGUGUGCAGCUGGCAUUGGGCGCAUCAUCAUAAACGACCUUGCAACAGAACAAAACAGUCUGCUCGUGACUCAAUGCAAAUUCACUUUUACUUAAGACACACUGUACUUACAACUUACAUUUAACGCGGCUUAGUCGAGAGCGAAAGUAUGUUUUUGUUUGUGAGAGAGAGAGAGGUGGAGAGACAGAGAGUGCUGCUCUCAGCUGAUAUCUAAUCAAAACAAAUAAUGCCUCAACCCACGGCCUGCGGCUUGAAUCAUUCACGUUAGUUCCAAUUCGACUUCGAAAAGUGCUCGUGGUUAACUGUUCAUUUCGCAGCGCCGCCGAAUUCGAAUAAGAAACAAUUCGCAGCAGUGCAUGUAAUUAAAUACUUAAAGUGUUUUGUGCAUUUGAUUGCAAUUGAUCAAAGAAAAAUCAACACAGACAUAAAAAAUAUUAAUUUCAAUAAAUAACUACGUGUACAGCAUGAAGUGCAAGCUUUUGCUGCUGCUUCUCAGCAUGGCAGCUCUGCUGCUGAGCCUGGGGGUUGCCCAGCACGAGGAUAUACCCUACCAGCCUGUGGCUAACAUCUGCGAGACAUGCACCUGCCUGAGUGCCCAGGACAAUAACCAUCGCCUGCACCAGACACUCAAUUGUGCGAUGAAGAACUUUGGCCACAUUCUGGCGCGCUGGCCGCCGGAGUUUGGCACCCAGCAUGCGGGCAUGGAGAUUGUCGCUUCGUAUUCGGGCAACAAUAUUCGGCUGCUGCAGCAGCUGCCGGCGACGAAUGCAACGCUGACCUUUUCGUGCCGCCACUGUGGCAUGCAGCAGCUGCAGGAGCCGCUCUUCAUGGACGUGCCCAACGUGGAGGGUCUGUACCUCAGCUGGAACGAGAUCGCAGAUGACGCUCUGAAGCCGGAACUGUUUCGCGGCCCCUUCAAUGCCACCAGAUAUGAGCCCAUUGCACUGAAGGAUCUUGAUCUCAGCCACAAUCGCAUAUCUCGCCUGGAUCGCAAGCUCUUCGAGCACACGCCACAGCUGCGCAAGCUGGCGCUGGCCUAUAAUCGACUCAGUGUGCUGGAUGCGGCCACCACAGCCUCGCUGGCGUCGAUCACAAAUCUGGAGCGCUUGGAUCUGUCGCACAACGGUCUGUUAGCGCUGCCCGCCGAGCUCUUUCCACACCUUAACAAUCUCCAUCAGCUGGACAUUUCUGGCAAUGAGUUUGCCGUGAUGCCAGCCAGCAUACAGCAGCUGGGCAAGAGUUUGCUGCACUUAAAUCUGGCGGGCAAUCCUCUGGCCAAAAUUGGGGCACACAGUUUUCAGCAGCUGGACGCACUGCGUCGCCUGAACAUCAGUGAAAUGUUCAUGCUGCGCACCAUUGAGCCGAGCGCCUUGCAGCUGCCUGCCUUGGAGCAGCUGGACUGCGCACGCAAUCCCAAACUGGAGCGCCUGGAGCUGUCGGAUCUGCUGCAUAGCCGCAAUCUGACACAGCUGGACAUCUCGCAGAAUGCCCUGACCACACUCACGCUGAACGUGAGCGGCAACGCAACCAAUGCGAGUUGGCCGCGCCUGCGCAGCUUGGCCAUUGCCGGCAAUCCCUGGUACUGCAGCUGCGAUCUGCUGCAGGCGCUAGAGCAUGCCGGUGCACCGCAGGUGCUGCUCCAGCCGGCCAGUGCUGUGGCCCGCUGCGAUACGCCCUAUCUGCUGGCCGGUCUGCCGCUGACCAAUUUGACGGCGGAGCAAAUCUGCAAUAUGGUCAUACCCAAGAAGUAUCGCGCCGUCGAGGAUGAUCCGCCACGAUUUCUGCGUCGUCGCUACAUAAUCCUCACUGUCAUCAUUGCCAGCGUUGUGGUUGUCGCCGGCCUGAUCAUUGGCUUCAUUGUGGUCUGCGUGCGACGCCGUCUCAAGGGCAACGACUACGGCGUCCAGCCCAUACGCUACACCAGCGUGCGCGGCAGCAAUCUGUCCGCCUUCUCGCAGCUGCAGCCGGCUUCAGUUACCAGCAAAUUCAAUAAUGCCGCCGCCAAUGCAGGCACCACAACGGGUGCACCCAAUGCCUGAGCGGGCUCCUUGUUUUUUCUUCACUUUUUUUUUUGCCCCUGCUGCACGUACCAUGAGCCAAAGAUGUCCACGAAAGUGUUGCAGCCACUACAAAAACAAAGACUUUGCGUGCAUGUUUAUACUGUAUAUAUACAUAGAUACAUACAUAUAUAUACAUAUGUAUAUUUAAAUCGAAACUCCCCUGGAGGAGUCCUGCCACCAUAUCCCUAGUGUCUAGUGUUGCCAUCGCUGUUUGUAUUGUACUUAAGUUUCGAUAGGUUUUAAUUACUGUGAAAUAAAAUGCAUUUUUAUAAA